AUGGGUUUCAUUGCUGCAGGAUAUUGCAGUCGGGACUUUAAAGAUCGGUUUGUUGAGAGAGAAAAGUUACAAAUAUGCAAAAGAGUGGGCUCAUGGCAGCAUAACUCAUCUGCUACUGGUAAAAGACGCCAUAAACGUCAUAAGGCAGCGCACAAACACAAACCAGCAACAAUUACAGAUCUUCCCAGCGAAUUAAUUCAAAGAAUAUUUGUGUUCAGCGGCAAUUAUGAACUGUACGUUGUCAGCAAGUUCUUUUACAUGAACCUAAAGCCAACCAGUUUCUUGCUUCAUCAUUACAUGCUGGAAAACUUUUACCACGAUUUAAACGAGAAUUUUUCAAUGGCUGAUCCGGACAAGGAUGGAGAAGACGUACCUUGUUUCCAUGGGUUGAACGGCCAGAUCUUCGAUAUACCCGUUUUCCGCUCGUUUUUGAAUGAGAACCCCCAUCUUUUGCAAGAUAUAGGACAUAUUGGUCAUCACGAUGAAUUGGAACAAGUCACGAAGGAAAGACAAGAGAUGUAUGCACAGGGGAAUCUUAAGGGAACUAGUCUAAUGGAAAGACACAAAGAAGUUCAGAAACAAGACUACCCGGCAGCUUUCUACGCGGAUGUGGAGCUAUUCUUUCAGAAUGAUAUUCAGCUGGAAAAACCGAUUUACAACCAGUUUAUACUUGAGUUGUUUGCCCACUACGAAAUAAAACAGCCGUACUACCUUAUGGAAAACAUGAUCCAUUGGUUUUUCCAUGUAAAUAACGGAGAAUACAAUAUCAAUCAUCUUUUCCAUGCAGUCAUCCUUGUAACUCAUAUUUCAACCGUACCUUCAAGCUCCCUAGAGAGUAACGGACCGUUGAUCGAGUUGAUGAAUGAACUUUAUUUGGCAUCUGCUGGACAGAAGCUAAAUAUUCUACUGCUUAUGAGCGACCAUAGCGACGAAGAAGCUAUCAACAACAGACGGAUCAGAAUAAUCAAUAAGUUUAUCUCGAAGUUUUAUAAGGAUCAAGACGCAAGAACGAAGCUUCUUUCACAGGACAUACUUUGGAACACCUUGAGAAAUCUCAAGAAUGAGUCACUAAUGAAAUUAAUGAUGGAAUAUGGCGGACAGCCUAGUUUCAGUGUCAUUUAA